UUAACAUGGAGAAAUUACGGAAGUGAGGGGUUUGGGAUGUUCGGUGCCCCUCCGCGACGUGUUCAGGAGCCCAUCAUGGCGUCGCCCCCUAAGCGGCGGGCUGUGGAGGCCACGGGGGAGAAAGUGCUGCGCUACGAGUCCUUCAUCAGUGAUGUGCUGCAGCGGGACUUGCGAAAGGUGCUGGACCAUCGAGACAAGGUAUAUGAGCAGCUGGCCAAAUACCUUCAACUGAGAAAUGUCAUUGAGCGACUCCAGGAAGCUAAGCACUCGGAGUUAUAUAUGCAGGUGGAUUUGGGCUGUAACUUCUUCGUUGACACAGUGGUCCCAGAUACUUCACGCAUCUAUGUGGCCCUGGGAUAUGGUUUUUUCCUGGAGUUGACACUGGCAGAAGCUCUCAGGUUCAUUGAUCGUAAGAGCUCUCUCCUCACAGAGCUCAGCAACAGCCUCACCAAGGACUCCAUGAAUAUCAAAGCCCAUAUCCACAUGUUGCUAGAGGGGCUUAGAGAACUACAAGGCCUGCAGAAUUUCCCAGAGAAGCCUCACCAUUGACUUCUUCCCCCUAUCGUCAGACAUUAAAGAGCCUGAAUGCCUUUGA